UUGCGGAAGUGGAAAAAUGUUUUCGUAAUUCUUGUGGUUCUCUGUUAUCUGGUUAUUUUUCUUUUAGCUCUAUAAAGUGUUUGAUACUGAAAACUGGAAUUUGAGUAGGUUUUAGUUUCACUCUAUCUGGUUCGAGUUUAGUGCAAGAAAAUCAAAUUUGAGCCGUAGAAGAAGUCUGUGAUCAUGGGGGUCGACUGGACUGGGUUCGGUUAUGCUCUUUUUGUGUCAGCUGGAGGAGUUCUAGGUUUUGUUAAAGCAGGAAGCAUCACAUCUCUGCUGGCAGGACUCCUGUUUGGUCUGACGGCUGCAGUCGGAGCUUAUCUGGCAUCUCAGAAUCCCAGGAAUGUGUGUCUUUCAUUGUGCACAGCAGGAACUUUGGCUGUAGUGAUGGGACUCAGAUUUCUCAGCUCCUGGAAGUUCAUCCCAGCUGGUUUGAUGACUUUAGCGAGUGGACUGAUGGUGGCGAAGAUCUUCUUUGGAAGACUAAAGUCAAGGCCAAACAAAUCUUGAAUAUACGCAUAAAUGACUGCGAG